CCUGAUAAAGAUGCUCAAAAAUAUGUAAGUCAACACCAUGGAGUUGUCAUCAUCAUCAUUAUUAUUAUUUUUAUUAACAUCACUGUUAUUAUGUUCACCUGUUUCACAAUAACCUGCGUGACGUAUGAAUCACGUGACCAGUAAAUCGUAUACGUACAGUACUUUGAAAAGGUGGAAAGUAACACACACGUGAAAAUUGAUACGACGAUAAAAUAACGAACAUUUACGAAUAGGGACGAGAGAAGAGUCAGGUUGAGUUGUAUUGGGCUGAAUACAAGAGGAGUAUGGGACUGACUUGGUGAGUAAGCUUGAUUGAACCUCUUCUCUCUCUUCUCUACUAUACGCAGUAAAAGCAAAGUCAGAGCAGUUGGAGAGUAAAGCAGCCAAGAGUCACCAAAACCGACAAAGACUUCGUUGAUAUAGGUGCACAUAAGAGUGGUUGAGCGUCUGUCUGACUAGCGGGCUGUGGUAAUCCCUGGUAGCACCAUACGAUACACCGAGCACCGUCACUCCGUCAUACCGUCGCACCGUCGCACCGUGUGCUGCCAGUAACUGCCAGUUUACCAGUAUACAAACCGCACCCAACAAACAAUUUUGUUUCGACAAUAUUUAAUAAUUACUCUUUUUGAUUCAACAUUUUUUCUUCUUCUUGGUAUGCUAAAUAUCAGCAAAAAAAAAAAUAAUUACAUCAGUAAUAAAUGUGUCGAGAGUAAGUGAUUAAAAUUAAGGAGUUUUAAAUAAUAAAUUGAUAUAAUAUGUUUUCUCAGUGUGUUUGUCAUCGGCAGUUACUAGUUAUUACUCCUACGCGAAUCCAAUCGGUUGAUUGUCUUGGAUGAGCAAAUCCUGGAAAGUGAAUUGUUAAUUCACCGAGUACGAAUACAACUAUGUAUUUGUAUGGAAAGUGCAAUAGUACAGUGAUGCAUUAAUAUAUAUUUUUAAUCGAACGUCUACAUGUUUAUGUUACGUCGUUCUCUGGAAAAAGUAAAAAGUUUGAUUGUUUUUUACCAUGGAUAAAUCCAGAAAUGGUGUUUGAGCUAAAAAUAACUAAGUGUUUUCAUUUAAAUGUUUAAUCAUGUUAAUUAUUAUAAAUAAGAAUAAAUUAUUGGUAAUAAAAAUGCAACUGUUGUGGUUGCUUUUUUGGACAAUACUGUGUCUGAGUUAUGGAAAACCAGAGGGUUCAACGGACAUCCCGUCUAUUUACUACACGGAACCCUCUAAUUUACCUGAUAAUAAUGUCGCAAUAGAGCUCAAUGAAGUACCUGGUGGACACAUUAUUAGUGGAGAACGAAUACUGAAACGAUCUUCCAGUCCUUAUAUUUUAAAAGAAGAUCUUUUCGUUGAAAAAGAUGGACAACUAAUUAUUGAACCUGGUGUCGAAAUCAGGUUUGCGCCUAUGGUUGGAGUUACUGUACGAGGCGUUAUAACAGCCAAGGGAGAAUCAGAUGCUGAAAUAUCUUUAACAAGCUCAGAAACAUCGUCUGGUCAGCCAGAGUCCCGAUCGAUUCGUCUGGUGGAUGGGCCAACUCCUCUUGAGGGUAGAGUCCAAUUAUUUCACAAGGGUUCUUGGCGGUCUGUCUGCACAAAUUCACGAAAUUGGACUCGAGCAGAUUACGAAAUAGCCUGUCGUCAGCUCGGAUUUCAAGGCGGAAAAUGGUCAGGCUGGUUUGACAGACAAUGGCCAGCUAGUUCGCGGUUACUCUACGAAGAGCCACAGUGUCGGGGUACUGAAUCAUCUCUUCAAGAUUGUAAACAUUGGUCAUCUCGACAGCUCGGUGCUGGUGUUUGUGAUUAUCAUCCUGACUUAGCAAUCACUUGUUUGCCUUUUCACGAUGGAGCCAGUAAAGCAAAAAAUAAUUGGCGUGGUAUUCGUUUUGAAGGCGCCUCUUACGAUAAUCCUCUUACUCAAGAAAAUACUUUUUACGUACGACAAUCUAAAUCAAUUCUUCGACAUGUUACUAUCAAGUACGCGGGUACAGGGAGAGAUAAUAACGUGACAUCUGCUCUACAUGUGGUAGGCGUUCCACCUCGUAUGCAGUGGGUUUCAAUACUCUACUCAUCUUUUACGGGUAUCAAUAUCACUUCACCUGAGGCUCCAAUUACUAUAACUAAUUGUACUGUUCGCAGCAAUCGAGGGUAUGGUAUUUACGUUAAUAGUUCAACGGGAUUAACACACAUUGACAAUUGUGUUGUAUUAGAUAAUGGAGCCGAUGGUAUAAAAUAUAUAAAUCACGACGAAAAACCCGAUGAUAGACUCGAUAGAACAGAUAUUCAUGAUCUUUGUACACUUCCAGUUGGUAGUAGUCAAACUUUUCCCAUCACCGUGUCGAUGGAACAAAAUUAUUAUGCUUUAAAUUCAAAGGAAUGUCCUCAACGAAUUAUAACACUUCCAGGACACGUAUUGACUUUGCAGUUUUUACAAAUUAAAACAGAUCGAAAUGACAGCGCGAUAAUAGAAGUUUAUGACGGCACCAGUGCCAGUGACAAAUUAUUGGGACGUGUUUUUGUUAGAAACGGUACAUUACCACAGAGUAUUACAACGACUCGUCAUAAUUUGUAUCUUAAAUUUAAUGCUCAACCUCGUACACAAAUGAUUGCAUUUGUUAAGCUGUCUGCCGGUUACAAAAAACUUUAUGAUUUAAAUGUUACCAGCAGUGCUAUUGCAAACAACAACGGACGUGGAAUAGCUGCUGAAAAACUUCGUUCACUUUUACAUGUUCACGAUACUUCGGUAUCUAAUAAUAAUCACAUUGCUGGAAUUCAUGUAUUUAAUGGUGUUCCAGAUGUUAACAUCACAUUCAGUAGAAUAUCAUAUAAUUAUGCUGCUGGUAUAAAUAUAACAGUUACAGGGGGUAAUCGAAAUAUAUCCCAAACAACUAUUUCAUCAAAUAAAGGAUAUGGUCUGGCUGUUUGGUUAAAUGACAGCACAUCCACAGAAUACUUGCAUUUUAAUCAAACAACAGUUGUUGAAUACUCGGAAAUAUUUCGGAAUAGAGAUAUUGGUGUACUUGUUGGAAAUUCAACUGGUUUAUCCUACGUUAAUAUAACCGGUAAUUGUUUCAACAGUAGCUCAGAUACUGCUGUACAAAUAGAAUCUAGUUGGAAAUACAAUCAAGGUACUAUGUAUCUUCAAAUAGGGCAUAAUGUAUUUAUUGAAAAUAAUAAACUUGGUGUUAAAUUAUCUCCGGCAUUAAAUAUAAAAGGUAAAAUUGAAUACAAUCAAUUUAGUCAUCAUAAUUAUGGAGGAUUACUUAUACGUAAUCCACUUUUUGAAGAAUUCAAUAUUUUACCAACACACAUUAUUAUUCAAUACAAUUAUUUUGAUGAAAAUCGUGGAGUAUUUGUAGCCAGUGUUGGUUUAUCGCCUUACAGUGAUGUACAAAAAAUAAUAUUUACACGAAAUUAUUUAAGAGAUAAUAUAAUUAAAGAGCCAUUUGAUCAACAACAACAACAACAACAACAACAAAUAUCUAAAUUAGUUCCACGAUCUCGUGUCGCUGCUGUUUUAGUUAUUUCAUCAGCAAAUGUUGAUGUUUACCGUAAUAUUUUAAAUAAUUUAUACUCUCAAUAUGAAAUUGGAUCGCAUUUAGAGGACCAAAGUAAAAAUAUUAAUUGUACAUACAAUUGGUUGAGUGAUAUAGAUGAAGAAAAAAUACAAGAAAGACUUUUUGAUAGAAAAGAUAGAUACAAUUUAGCUAAAAUAGAAUAUUUACCUUAUUUACUUCACAGCACUAAUCCAGCAACAAAUACAAUAAUAUCACGACCAACAUUUAUACCUAAAUUUGUUCAUCCAAGUACAAAUCUUGUUGGUGGUGAAGUUGACGGCUUAGAAAUACUAUCAGCUGGUGAAUAUAUCGUUGAACGUGAUAUAAAUGUAAGACCUGGUGGUAAAUUAGUACUUAAGCCAGGAGUUACAUUAAAAUUUCCACCAGCUGUUGGAAUGAUGGUAGCUGGUAAACUUGAAGCUCAAGGUAAAGGUCCUAGUAAUAUUAUGAUGACACUCAAAGAAGAAAUAUCUAUGCUAUUGUCCGAUGAAAGUAAUGAUACAAUUACCGAUAAUAAUAAUGAUGGUAAUGGGGUGACUAUUAUGGACGAUGAGAUUGUAACAAUGAUGACUUUACCGCCUGAUGAUGAUACAACGGGUGGAAUACCAGUUAGACUGUUGGGAGGUCGAACAAAUCGAGAAGGAAGACUCCAAGUUCGUAUUGAUAAAAAAUGGGGUACUGUUUGUAAUUAUGGGUGGACUAUUAGAGAUGCUGCACUUGUUUGUCAUCAAUUGGGAUUUACUCUUGAUCCAGAUGAUUGGAAUUUUGAAAGAUCAAAUAUACCAGACGCUGGAACAAAUGAAGAAAUAAUAAUGAGUAAUGUACAGUGUACUGAUGACGAUAUUGAUAUUUCUAAAUGUAAAGCUGAAUUAUUUGAUGAUUUUGAGUACUCGUGUACUCAUGAAAAUGACGUAGGUAUUAAAUGUACAGAAGCUGCUUGGGCUGGUGUACGUCUUGGUCCACUGGCUGAUCGAAGUGAUUUACAAUUUAUAACAAUAGAACGUGCUGGAUUAUUAGACUAUACAACAAAUUCAUUAAAACCAGCUUUGCAAAUAGAUUUUGCUCGUCACUCUUUAGAGGGCAUUAAAGUUUCAAAUAAUCUUCAAGACGGUCUUGGAAUUAUUUAUUCAGAUAUAUUUUCAGCUUCUGCGGAAAAUACUGUUAAAAAUAGUUACUUUACAGAUAACAGAGGAAGUGGUAUAAGUUUUAAACAGCUUGGUUUAAAAAUUUCAAACUGUAUUAUUGAAAAUAAUAAAAUCGCUGGUAUUAAACACAAUCCUGUAGUUUCUGCUGUUAAACAGAGAGAAUUUGCCGGAUGGUUUAUGCAAUACUUUGGUUCAUCUACCAUUGACAAUCCAUAUCAGCCAAUAAUAAUACCCGAAAGAACUGAAAAUAUUGAUAUUUUAACUGGUGAAAUAAAAUACAUUGUUACUGGUAAGAGAACAGGUGAAAAUGUUCGACAUUUAAUUAACAUAAGAUGUGAAGCCCGUUAUGUUAUCGGUAUACAAUUACUUAAUCCAAUUGAAAAUCGGAGCACAGAACAGAUAUUAUUACACGAUUCACAGCAUAUCAAUCCAAAAAGUAAUAAUAUUUGGAAUGUAAAAAGAGAUUUAUCAUUAUUUCCUGUAUCUUCUAGUUCAUUUACUGUUAUUCUUGAAUAUAUAAGUGGAACAAAUGCAUUAGGCGGUGCAGUAUUCGUUGUAACAACAGUACCACGUCCUAUUCAAGAUAUACCUAAUCGUAUUAUUAAAGGGCCAGUACCAACUCUAUCUAUAUCAAGAACUAAAAUAAAAGGUAACAAACGAGGAUUAGUUGCCUCGUACUAUAAUCGUUAUCUUGAUGAAUUAGGUGAUCAUUAUUUAAGAAAGGCUAAUGAAUCAAUACGUUUAGUUAAUUGUGAGAUAUCUCAUAAUCAAGAUGAAGCUAUCUAUGUACAUUCACCGUUAUGGAAUGUUUUAACGUCAAAUAUUUCCGAAAUUACAAUUCACAUUAAUAAUACAUUAAUAACUGAUAAUGGUCGUGGUAUUGUACAGUUUAGCCGUGAUAUGAGAAAUUCAAAUAAUUUAUUUCACUGGGUAAUGCGUGACAAUACAAUAGAAAGAAAUAAAAACGGUGGAUUAGAUAUUUCUUUGCCGUAUGUAUGGCAGUACAAUGAAAAUUUUACCCACUCUUUGUAUUUUUCAAAUAAUACUUGGCAAAAUAAUAAUAUGUUUGCUUUUAUUAUUGACGGUCAUUACUCAACUUUAAAUAUAACUCGUAAUAUAUUUGACAAUAAUAAUUGUAAAAAUGGUUUAAUAUCAAUACGUGGAAUGGAGAAGAAAAUAAAAAUUAAUCACAAUCGUAUUGAAAAAAAUAACUGUACCUGUAUGGUUGAAUUUAACAUAGACAGUCAAUCCGAAAUUUUAGGUGAAAUUCCAGCAAACUUUUAUUAUAACACAAUAAAAUAUAAUAAUAAUAAUAAUAAUAAUAAUAAUAACAACAACAGUGAAAAUAAUUUACCAAGCUUUGUUGUUGGAUUUAAUGGAAUUCAAAAAGUUAAAAUAAAUAGAAACUUAUUUGGUGAUAAUUACAUGGAUUAUGAAUUGUUGGCUGGCAUCAGAACAGCUAAAAUAAAUAAUAAAAUAGAUGUAAGUGAAAAUUGGUGGGGUACAACCAAUGACACUAAAAUAAAAUCAAUGAUAUUUGAUUUUGAUGAUUGGAAUAAUCAUGCAAUUGCCAAUUUUAAGCCUUAUUUAACGAGUGAUUCAUUUGAUUCAUCAAUUUCAGUUUCUUGGGAAAUGAAACAAACAAUAAAUGUCGACAAUCUCGGUGGUCGUAUUACUGACAAUAUUGAACUCUAUGCAAGAUCCGAGCCUUAUGUAAUUAAAUCAGAUAUAACAAUAAUGCCACAGGCUGUUGUUAAUAUUUAUCCGGGUGUAGUAAUGGAAUUUGCUCCAAAUGUUGGUAUUCUUGUACUUGGAACGUUAAACGCCGUAGGAGUUAAGGAACAUGAAAUAGUAAUGAGGCCAAUCAAAAGAAAAAAAGUUUACGAAAAUAAUGAUGAAUCAAUAAAUUCAAAUAUUGUAAAAAGAUCGAAAAUUAGUGAUAAUAGUAAUGUACCAAUGACAAUACGUUUGUGUAAAGAUAGAAAAUGUUCGAGUUCUACUAAUGAAGGGUUUAUUGAAUACUUUAAUAUUACAACUUUACAGUGGAUACCAUUGUGUGAUUCAAGAUUUACCGAAAGAAAUGCUCAGGUUGCGUGUCGUCAAUUGGGUUACGAUCCUUUGAAUACUUAUGUCUCACACGAUCGUCGAUAUGAAUUCCAUCCAGGAUCUUUGACGCGUAUUUGGUCAUGGCCAGAGCCAAUUCAGUGUUUCGGUAAUGAAGAACGUCUUGAGGAUUGUAAAAUACGGUUAAAUGGACAAUUAUUUGGACAAAAGUACAAUUGUCCUUGGGACGGGGAUUUUGUAUUUAUAAAUUGCGGUAAACGGAAUCUCGAUCCAGUGUAUGAAGAUUAUUGGGGCGGGAUUCGAGUAGCAAACAGUGAAUUUGAAAAUUAUCUCUAUGAACAUCGUUUUCACGAUAUUGAAACUCAUGAGACUGUUAGACGAGUUGAAUCAAUAUUAAAGUAUAUAAAUAUUACAGGAGCAGGUAUACUUCACAAUGAAAAAUCACCAGCUAUUCAAGCAAUUAUGAAAAGUCCUAUAAUAUCUCAUGUUACUAUUGAAGAAAGCGCUUAUCAUGGUAUUAAUAUUGUAUCACCAAGUUAUACUGUUGAAUUAUUAUUUAAUAUUAUUAAUAAUUGUCUGGGUAAUGGAAUAAACGUAGCAUCACUUACCGGUGAAGGAAGAGAAGCUGAAGAAAGUUCAUUUACACCAUUAAAAGAUAAUAUUAAUAUUCCUUAUAAUUUAUUUAGUAUAAUUGACAUGUGUGAUACUAUGAAAGAAAUAGAAAUAGAAGAAAGAGUUAUUAUUUAUUAUAAAUAUGAUAAUUAUCCCGUUAAUUGUGUUAAAAUAUUCAAGAGUGCAUACAGAGCUAAGCCAUUUGGUUUUCGUUUACUUCAAUUUAAUCUUUACAAUUCAACUGGUAAACAACAACCAGGACGUCCGGAUGCAAUAACUCUCUAUGACGGUGAUAUAUCAUGGAAUACUACUGCUCGACUAAUAACUAAUAUUGAAUACAACAGUAAAAAUGAUAAAAAAUUAUUUACAACUCAAGGACCAAGUUUAAGUAUUAAAUUAUUGGCAAAUGGUGCCAGCGGUGUUCAUGGUUUUAUUGCUGAAAUAGUAACACUUCCAAUUUCAGCGAUUGGAUUUAAUCGUGAUGUUCAGCAUAAUAUAUCAUACUCGGUUAUAUCUAAUUGUAAAGAAGGAGCUGUUAAAUACGCAAGCGCCGGUGAAGUUAACGCAAUAAUGACACUCGAGCGCAAUCAAUUUAUAAAUAAUUGUUAUAAAUUUUAUGGUAAUUUCACAACUUGUAAUGCUGCUGUAGUACUUGAUGUACAAAAUACUCAAUCACUCUACUUUAGAAAUAAUUUAAUUAGAAAUAACAAUGGUGGCGGUUUAUUUAUUCGUUCCGAUUCACGUGGAUCAGCGACAUCACUCAAAGGGUGGAUACACAACAAUUUAUUUUCUGAAAAUUUAAAUAAACCAGCGCUGUAUGUUGAAGGCCGUCAGAGUAGUCCUUAUCAAGAGAUUACGAUAUACCGAAAUUACUUUAUGAAAAAUUAUGCGCCCUACGACAAAAAUAUAAUACUUAAACAAGUUGUCAGCAAUAUGUCGUACAAUUAUUUACAUGCUAAUCUUGGUCUUCAUUUGUUGGAAAUAUCUGGAUUUGAACGUGUACGACUUCCUAUUUAUCAAAGUACAACUCAUAAUGGUUUUUACAAAAAUUAUGCGAUUGAUAGAAAUGGACGAAGUACAGUUGUUGCUGGAACACCUGGACAACAGUACGUAGAUAAUGUUUUCUUCAAUCCUGACAAUGAUUAUGAAAUGCAAACUGUCAACAGAUCAACAGUAAUCAACAUGAAAUCGUUUGAUAAUCAUUUGGAAAUGAUGAGAUCUCAUAUUGAUGCCAAAUUCAAUUGGUGGGGCUAUAAUGAAUCAAUAGCCGUUGCCGGAAGGAUAAGAGACCGCAGCGAUUCGCCAGAACUGCUUGUUGUCAAAUACAACCCUUACCAUACAAGUAAUAAAUCUGUACUAAGUGGAAAAUGUCCUCCAGGGUGGGAUCUUGUUGGUGAUACUUGUUACAUAUAUAUUGGUGCUCCGAUGGACUUUUACAGUGCUCGAGAAUUUUGUCGAAUAGCAAAUGCGUCAAUGCCGUUUAUAAUGGGGCAAUAUUUGGAGCUGUGGAAAUUUUUACGCCGACAACAAGAACGAUUCGAGUACUCCGAUCGGGUAUGGAUCCAACAGUUGGAGAAAGUAGAUCAGUGUACAACAUUUACAUAUCAGACCAUUGAAAUCGACCACUGCAGUCAACCAAGUCCAUUUAUCUGCGAAAUAGAUCCCCGGGUUUACAUAGAUCCACUGUCUUGGAGAAAAGACGUUGUUGCGAUAAGUGUUCUCGGUGCAUUUGGUGCAGCUCUCGCUCUACUGGCUUUUGCUAUCGGAUUUUGGGUAUCAAAGUCUAAAAAACGUAAAGUCGAAAGACUUGAAAGACGUAAUUCUAUUCGUCAAUCAUUACAUUCAUUGAGAUCAGUAGGAUCUACCUCUGGUUUUACUGAAUUAGCUUACAGAAGAAAACCAAUCGCUACCAAAUCAACUGAUACACUGACAUCACGUUCGCUAGAUUAUAAAAAAAUGAUGAGCGGUGGAAGUAUUGAUUCAAUGGAUAAAUCACAAUUAAAUUCAUCGAUUGAAGACAAUCACAGCUAUGAUGUCUAUGAAGCUCACAAUCCACGUUAUUCACCGAGUACAAGUGAUUUUAAGGAAACAUCUGUUGACAAAUAUCAAAAUUUGAAAACUCACACUCACGUUGAUAAUCCAGUAUUUGAUUUGGCUUAUCGUAACGAUGGUUUUCGUAACCAUUCAACAUUUACAUCACAGUCAACGAGUAAUUGGCCAUCAAUGGCUAAUACCGAUAUUACACCUGAUAAUAAUGAUGACAAUAAUAUAACAAUAACUCCACCGCCCCCACCUGACCAUCUUCAUCAUCAUCAUCAUCAUCAUCAUCCGUAUCAUCAUAGUAAUACAACUUCAACAUUACCGUUAAAUACAAGCUUAGCUACAACUGACUCGAUAAGUGAACUUAAGCGUGAUAUCGAAUUAGCAACUCCGGUAUAUACUUCACCAACAGAGUUUAAACGAUACGGCAGCCAAGAAGGAUUGGAUUAUGGUAAUAGCGGUGAUUCACCAACAACACCCAUUUCCGAGCCUGUUCCAGUAUAUUUUUCACCGGUAAUACCACCUCAAACGUAUUAUUACAAUCAACGACCGGCAAGCGGUACGUUACUUGAGACAAAUCUUGAUAGCGGUGAAGAUAAACCGUUGCGAUCAAAGAGCGAGGCGCUUUUGGAAACUAAUUUUGAUGAUUUUCUUCCAACUAAUGACCCAACAGAACUCUCACAAUUGUCUGCUGAAUCGAGAAGUAAAAGUCAACCGCUUGAAACGGCCAUGUGAAAAGUCUAUCAUCAAGUACAAAUUUUAGAUAAAUUUAUAAUUAUUUAAAAGUUAAUCUUUUAAAUUGCUGCAUUUUUCAUUCCAUAUCUUCAUUACUCCCAUCAAUAUCACUAUUAAUAUAUACACUUAUACAUCGACAAGUGUACUUUUUUUUUUUUUUAUUUUUACGUGUGCAUAUCUAUAGAUUAUUGUGUAAUAUUUUUUACUCUAUCGAUAUUUAUAAGCAAUUGCGGUUAUCUCUUUAAAAAAGAUAAAAAAAAUGUUAAUGAUAGUAUUAUCGAAUUCGUUUUAUUUAUAAUGUCUUCGUAUUUUAUAUAUUUAAUUAACUAAUUAAUGUAAAAAAUUAAAUAAAUGUGUGAAUGAUUGAAUGAACGAAUACACUGCCAAAUGAGAACAAAUGUUUAGAUUAAUUAAAAUUUAGAUAAUGAGUUGUGAUAUAUAUAGUUAUAGAUAUAUAAACUCGUAUUAUAAUGUAUGAGUAUAAUCAAGUUUCAUUAAAAAU